AUGUUUGAACACGCCUCAAGUGUAAGUGUUGAGCGCACAAAAUAUAGACACAUGAAGAGUUAUGAUAACAUGGGUGAAGACAAACAAGCCAACUCUGGCCUUACAAUGCCCCGUGUCCGUCCAGGCUACGACUCCAUACGGGUCCAGGAGGGUAGCGGGAGGUUGUUCCAGCGGUUCUUGGAGACGCCGACGAGCGCAGAGGUGCCAGAGGGGGCGGACGUGGUCCUCAGGUGCCGUGUGGAACACCAGCAAGGCCAAGCACAGUGGACCAAAGAUGGCUUCGCUCUGGGGUUCAAGCGUGAUGUUCCGGGGUAUCCUCGCUACAUGUACCUGGGUGACCCAGAAGCGGGGGAGCACCACCUGCUCAUCACCAGGGCUACUAUCACGGAUGACGGCGAGUACCAGUGCCAGGUGGGACCCACCCUCACCAACCCACCCAUCUGGGCCACUGCCAACCUCACAGUCCUCUUACCACCUGCAAGGAUCAGAAUGGAAGGUGGGAGUCAAGGUUCAGUAGUGCAGGUGGUGGCAGGCAAGUCCUUCACUCUUCAGUGCCUAGUAGCAGAUGCUCGCCCUCCUCCCACUAUUCGCUGGUACCUGGGGCAUCACCAGGUAGACCCAGGUCAGGUGGAGUCACAGGUGGUGUCAACAUCGUCACCACAGAGAUGGAGCUUACAUAGCCAACUGACACUGAGGGCCAGAGCUGAGGAUAAUGGCAAGAUGAUCACAUGUCAUGGAGAGCACCCAGCCUUGAUGCCCCCAGCAGCCCUCACAGCCUCCCGCACCCUCAUCGUUCUACAUCGUCCCAGCACACCUGUCAUCAGUGGGUACCUUCCUGGUGAGGCUCUGCAUGUUGGGGAACUUCGUACUCUCACAUGCAGUGUGUCAGGGGGCAACCCACGGCCUUCCCUCCUCUGGUACCAUAGUGGCCACCUCCUUGACGACACGUUCUCCAGUGAUGCUGUUGGGACAGUGAACACCCAUGACCUGCUGGUGACAUCACUGCAAGAUGGCUCCCGUUACGAAUGUCAUGCCCAGAGCAAAUUCCUGGAGCAGCCUCUGGUAGUCAAUGUCACCCUCACUGUUCAUUACCCUCCAUCAGAGGUCAGUGUGCGAGGGCCAUCAAGGGCUGAGGUAGGCACCUCUGUCUCACUUAGGUGUGACACCUCCAAGGCCAACCCUCCAGCCUCCCUCUCCUGGCUUGUCCAAGGUGAAGAGGUGCCCUCGCCAACAGUGGUGGUGAGCCGAGUGAGGUCAGGUGGGUGGGUGAGCUGGUCAAGGCUACUCCAGCGAGUGGAAGAGAGCCAGCUGAAGGAGAGUAAACAUCAAUUGCAGGUCGUUUGCAGAGCUCAUCACCAAAUCCUCACCCGACCCAUUUAUAAGACGCUCCUCAUUACUGUUAUAACAGAGACAAAACUGGAGGAUAAAAAUUUAAAGGAGGUGGUAUUCCCAAGGGGAAUACCACCUCAUUUAACACAGUCCACCAGCAAGUUAUACAGUACUUGGAUUGAGGAGGAGCACAAUGACAAAACAGAGGGUCUUAUAAUGAUCAUAAGAAAAAUUAUUGUAAAAGCAGAUAAAGAUAAACCACGAUUGUUGAUACUUGGUGACUUUAAUUUAAAACCAAUAGACUGGGAAGACUAUGAAUCAAGAACUGGAUUUUUCGACUUGUCUAUUCAUGAACUUCAUCCAGGAAUCUUUCAUGUAUCAACAUGUAAAACAUCCCACAUGAGUGAGAUAAGGUGA